AUGCGCAAGGCAGCAAUUCUACAACCUCCACUUAUGCAUAAAAGCCCAUCGGAACUCAAAUUCCCGAUUACAAACAAUGACACAACCGUUAGAAACCUUCCAGGACCCAAGAAAAAACCAACCCCCAAGAAAGAAAGAGUAUCCCGAACCAGAAAGAGACUCGAAACAACCCUGUAA